AUGCACAUGAAACUUACAAAUAAUCUGGGGGCCAUACUCGAGGAAUCCCGUCCCAAUUUGACGCCAUUCGAGUCCCUCUAUCGCCACAUACAUAGCAACCCCGAGUUAUCCUUCUGCGAAGAAGAAACCUCGACCAUUGCUGCAGAGCAUCUGGGGGAACUAGGAUUCGAAGUGCAUACACACAUCGGUGGCUAUGGCGUUGCAGGCGUUCUUCGAAAUGGGGAUGGGCCCACAGUUCUGCUUCGAGCAGACAUGGAUGCACUCCCAGUAGAGGAGAAGACAGGCCUCCCCUACGCAAGCACCAAGACCGCAAAGAGCAAGGACGGAGUUGAAAUGCCUGUCAUGCACGCCUGCGGCCACGACACUCAUGUUGUCAGCUUGAUGGCCAGUGCUUCUCUCCUUCUCAAGGCCCGAGAGCAUUGGUCCGGUACCCUGAUCUGCAUCUUCCAACCAGCAGAGGAAUUGGUAUCGGGAGCGCGAGCCAUGCUGGACGAUGGUCUCUACGACAAGAUUCCACACCCGGACGUGGUGCUGACACAGCAUGUUAUGCCCAUGAAAGCAGGCACGGUCGGUAUCGUCUCUGGCCGGCUAUUGACGGCUGCAGAUUCGUUCAAUGUGCGUAUCUUCGGAAAGGGUGGCCAUGGGUCGUCACCUGAAGUCUGUAUUGACCCUGUUGUUACGGGUGCCUCGAUCAUCAUGAAGCUGCAGACCAUUGUGGGCCGCCAGGUGCCUCCGGGCAAGCUGGCUGUGGUGACAUGUGGCUAUAUCCAAGCUGGCCACGCAGGGAAUGUCAUUCCGGACACUCUGGAUCUUAAGCUGGACGUGAGGACGUGCGAAGACUCGAUUCGUGAGCGUGUGGUGAGUUCAGUCAAACAGAUCAUCCGCGCCGAGUGCGAGUCGGCUGGCUGUGAGAAGGAACCGCGAAUCGACCAUGUCUCCUCUACACCAGCCACCAUAAACGACGAUGCUACCGUGCAAGCUCUGAGGAGAACCUUCGGCGCUUACUUCGAAGACCGUCUCGUUGAGACAGAUCCUGGGAAUGCAAGCGAGGACUUUUCUUUACUGGCUCGAGCCGUGAACGCGCCGUACGUGAUGUGGACAUAUGGCGGCGUUGAUCCCCAGAAUUGGGACGACGCAGUCAAGAAUGGCACAGUGAAGGACCUCCCCAGUAACCACUCGCCAUACUUUGCGCCAGUGAUCGAGCCCACGCUGCAAACAGCCGUGGAUGCGAUAUCUCUCGGGGCGUUGACUUUCCUGAAGCAGAAAUGA